AUGCACCCGAGCCAGGCCCUGCUCGCCGCCGCCGCCGCCGCCGCCGCCGCCGCCAUGCACCUGAACGAGGCCCUGUUCGUCGCCGCCGCCGCCGCCGCCGCCGCCGCCAUGCACCUGAACGAGGCCCUGUUCGUCGCCGCCGCCGCCGCCUCAGCCGCCGCGCGUCCCAGCCAGGCCCUGCGUCCCAGCCAGGCCCUGCCCUGCGAAGCUCCACCGCUCCGCCAGGCCCAGCCCCUUCUACCUACACCACCCCGCCACGCCCUCUCCGCAGGCAAGCAGCCGGGCCAAGCCCGGCCCACGGAAGCUACACCCCAGGCGUCCGGGUCGGGCCCUGCUCUCCGGAGCCCGGCGUCCCGGUCGGGCCCUGCUCUCCGGAGCCCGGCGUCCCGGUCGGGCCCUGCUCUCCGGAGCCCGGCGUCCCGGUCGGGCCCUACACUUCGCAGCCGUGCAUCCGCACGAGGCCCUGCGCGCCGCCGCAGCCGUCGUACCACCCCACCAGGUCCUGCUCUUCGUAACCGCGCAACUAGGCCUGGCCGGGCCCUCCGCCGCCCCGCCGUCCCGCCAGGUCGGGCUCUCAGCAGUCCUGCCUCCCACCCAGCUCCUGUUCGCUGCAACGGUGCAUGCUGUCGAGGCCUUGUUCUCCACUACCGUGCUACUGGGCCAAACCUUGCCCUCCGCGCCUCCCCUCCAGGCCUUACUCUCCGCAGCAGCCUCGCAGCCAGUCCAGGCCCUGUUCUCGGGAGUCACGCCUCCACGCUGGGCCCUGUCCUCCGGAGCCAUGUUAUCCAGCAAAGAUCAGCAGUUCGCAGCCUCCCUCCUCCGCCAGGGCUGGCCGCCCAGAGCCCUUCUCCCCCAGGGUUCGCCUUAAGAAGGCCGGUCUUCCGGAGCAGCUCAAAUUCACCUGAGCCUGAGGUCCUGUGCUUUGCCUCCCAGCCUGGUCCUGCCAUCCACGCGAGUUCCUCACCAUCCUCUCUUGGCGCGUUCUAUUCUCUCUUCCCUAGGCGAUAUAGUGAGGGCUUCUUUUCAUCCCCUGGGUCUCCUGGCCUGAACCCCUGCCCCUCCUCUGCUGGGUGUUCUGUCCUUACCUCCUGUUCGUACUCCCGUGGGUUUUGUGGUCUGGGCUCCAUCUCCACCCCUAGCCCUGAUAGCAUUAGGCGUGCCUUGCUGCCAGCACUUGAUGGCCUGAGGCCUGUCUCUCCAGGAGAGCAGGCUGAAAUAGGGAGCACACCGUCCCCACCUACACCUCCUAUGCUGUGACCCUCCUCAUAAGACCCAAUAAAGGAACCCGCAUCCACCCACUGUCCUAAAUGGGCUGCCUGCCCCGCAGUUACCUGUGAGGUUUCCAAGUUUUGUGAGCCAGCAACCAAUGUCCUGAGUUUUGAAACUUCCUCUCCCCAAGGCUCCACCACCCAACACUUAACCUGCUGUUGGCCCUUGAUUCCAGGGCCCCUUCUCCCUCAAAAGGGCCGGCCUGCCUUUGCCCCUGAGUUGAGAUUCCCCUUUUCCAGGGUUGCCACUUACACAAUGAAUUUUUGAUGAAUAAAAUUAAAAUGUUGAC